AUGGGAGUGGUUGUUUAUCUAGACACCAUUUUGGUCCCCUUGAGCCUCUUUCUCACAGUAGGCUACCAUGCCUAUCUCUGGCACAACUUCAAGAACAAACCCUCUCACACCACAAUUGGAGUCAACAUGCUGAAAAGGAGAGCAUGGUUUCUAGAGCUAAAUGGGGGAGAUGACAAGAAAGGCAUGCUGGCAGUCCAAAGCUUGAGAAACACUCUGAUGGGCUCAACACUCACAGCAUCCAUAGCAAUUCUCAUUGAAGUCUCAUUGGCAGCCUUCAUAAACAACAGCUAUAGUGCAAACCACCUCUUCAGCCAUGCAUUUUUUGGGUCACAAUCUACAAUGAUUUUUGCUCUGAAAUAUGGCUCAGCAGCAUUGUCCUUGGCAGUGAGCUUCUUGUGCAGCUCCAUGGCAAUUGGGUUUUUGAUUGAUGCCAAUUUCUUGAUAAAUGCAUCUGGUGAUCAUGAGUUCACAUCUUCUGCACACAUAAGAACCAUAUUUGAGAAAGGCUUCAUUCUGGCUUUUGUGAGCAGCAGAAUGCUCUGCAUCACUUUUCUCAUGCUGCUGUGGAUGCUUGGUCCUGUCCCAGUUUGGUUGUCAUCUCUUGCUCUGGUUUGGGGGCUUUACGGGCUUGAUUUUGUUGGGAAGUUGUCAAAAGGCAACAAGCAAAGUCUCAGUUGA